AUGUUGGUUGUCGUCGACCAGCGCUUCACCGACGCCCUCAAGAGCGAGCGAUUCCAGAACCGCGCCAAGGUCGACAAAUACGGCCGAACCCUCAAGAAGUCGAAAAAUGCCGUGGCCGACGAGAUGGCCGAGAUGUACGAGUUUGAAGGGAAAGAGGAGCCCGAAGAAGAACCUGCCGCAAAACCACCGAAAGCCAAAAAGAUGAAGAAGACGAAAGAAGUCGACGUGGAGCCAAUCGCCAGCUCGAGCGGAGAAGAGGACUCUGACGUGGAAGAGGAGAAGCCAUUGAAUUUGGACCUCGCACGUGGUCAUUGCGAUAUUCUGUCCUCUUCCGGGGAUAGUAGCGAUUCGGAAGAGGAGCAGCUCGGCGAGCUGGACGGCGAGAAUUGGGAUGAAUUGGACAAAGAUGCUCGUCGCGUGGAAUGGUCUUCCCCCAGAUUGGCCAUCUGCAACCUGGAUUGGGAUAACCUGUGCUCCGAGGACCUCUUCAUACUGUGCCGUUCUUUUGCCAAAGACGAGAAGGCGGUCAAAAGUCUGACCAUCUACCUCUCCGACUUCGGUCAGGAACGGUUGAAAGCCGAGGAAACGGCCGGGCCGCAAGUGGUGAAUGUGGUGGAUGAUCAGCAGCAGGGUCGGUGGAGCGAGGCGGACAAGAAGAAACGCACAAACCAAGCCAUCCGGCAGUACGAGCUCGAUCGACUACGGUAUUACUAUGCCGUUUUGGUGUGCGACAGUGCCGAAACGGCGACCGUCAUCUACGAGCAGUGCGACGGGCACGAGUUCGAGAAUAGCGGCAUGCGACUGGAUAUGCGCUUUGUCCCGGAUGAGACCGAGUUUGAUGAAUCCCGUGCUAAAGAACAGAUCACCGGCGAGCAGCUCAACCUCGAGAAGUACAAGCCAAAGGAUUUUAUUAGCAAGGCUUCUUCCAACACCACCGCCGAAAUCGCGUGGGAUGAGAAUAAUCCGAGUCGAGUCCGGAAAUUCAAGGACGCUUUCGACGAUGGCUUCGAUCUGGACAGGGCCGGAAAAGGGCUGAUCGCGUCUUCCGAAGAAGAAUCCGACUUUGAAGAGGAGGGCGCCCCGAAGCGCGACGAUCGUAUCAACAUCCUGAUGCAGGCCGCCGGCAUCGAGAAAGGCGAGAAGGAUAUGGAGAUCGAAUGGGAACCGCCAGAGGCCCACGAAAAUUCGGAGGAAUCUGGAGAUGAGGAAUCUGAAGCUGACGGUAGUGAGGGAUCAGGAUCAGAAAUGGAGGAUGAAGAGGAGGACGGCGGAAAGGCUCCUAAAAAGAAGAAGUGGCUCGCGUAUCUGGAGCGUCGCCGUGAGCUGCGACACGAGCGCAAGCAAAAAGCCCGCGAGGAGAAGGAAUCCGGACGCCCGGUUGAUGAGGAGGAGCCGAUUUUGGCCAAGGGCAAGAAGGCACAGAAGAAGCCAAAGAUCACCGACGAUGUCGUGGAGAAGGUGGCGAGCGACCCGCGCUUCGCCUCCCUCUUCAGCAAGUCCGAGUUUGCCAUCGAGAAAUCGAGCAAGAACUUCAAGGACAGAUCGCUGGUGGACAAGCAAGUGGCGGCCCGGAAGGCGCAGAUGGCCGACGAGGAUCGACGCGCCAAAGCCACAGCUGGAGCUGAUGGCUCGGGUCUAGGAAGUGAAAGCCGCUCCCUGCUCGACAAGCUGAAGAAGAAGACGGCCGUCGGAGGGAUGAAGCGCGGUCCGCCGGCCCUA